AUGUCGCUUACAAUAUGUUUGUGCACGUUUUUGCUGCUGAUCAGCAGUUCAUCUGCCGAAAUUUUCAAUAAGUCAUGGUGGAACAACACUAUCCUCUAUCGUAUUUUUCCGCAGAGUUUCUAUGAUUCCAAUGGUGAUGGCAUAGGCGAUCUGAAAGGAAUAACUUUAAAGUUACCCUACAUCGAGGAUACUGGCAUCAACGCGAUCAGUUUAUCGUCCAUCUAUUCGAGUCCUAAUGUUAAUUUGGGAUAUGACAUAACUAAUUAUAUAGAAAUCGAUCCCAUUUUUGGUACAAUUGAUGAUUUCAAGGCUCUCGUGGCGGAAGCUCAUAAUCUCAGUCUAAAAGUGAUUCUCGAUAUCGUACCUAAUCAUUCGUCUGAUAAGCACCCAUGGUUCCUGAAGGCUCUUCAAGGCGAUAAGAAAUAUAAGCAUUAUUAUAUGUGGGCAAAAGGUAAAGGAAAAGGUAACAAAGCUCCGCCUAAUAAUUGGAUCAGUAAAUCUGGCGGUCCCGCAUGGACUUAUGUCAAAUCACUAAAACAAUGGUAUCUUCAUCAAUACGGUCCUGGACUGCCUGAUUUGAACUAUUCAAAUCCGGAUGUAAUAAAGGAGACGAAAAAAUCACUGAAAUUCUGGUUGGAUAUAGGAGUAGACGGAUUCAGCGUAAUUUCCGUCCCAUAUAUUUUUGAGGAUAAAAAAUUGCGAGAUGAGCCUAGAAGUUAUGCUCUUGGUGUCACACAGAAUGAUUACAAUUAUUUGGAACACAAUUACACCGCUAAUAUAAAACCUACUUACGAACUAUUCAGAAAUUAUAAAAUGUACAUGGAUCAAUAUGCUGAUCAAUUUAAUGAAGAUGAAAAGGUGCUGAUUAUAAAUGAUUAUACCGAUUUUGCACAUACAAUGGAAUAUUAUAAGUAUGAUACGUUGCCUUUGAAUUUCGAGAUAAUUAAAAAUGUGAAUAAUAAAUCGUCUCUGGAAUAUAUAAAAAAAAGUCUCGACCUCUGGAUGAACUCAAUGCCGAGUCGUAAAGUCGCCAAUUGGAUGUUGGGAAAUGAUCACAAUCCACGCUUAGCCUCGCGUUUUACCGAAAGAUUUGAUAAAAUGAUUAUGACGUCUAUGAUUCUGCCGGGCAUGACAGUGACUUAUUAUGGCGAUGAAAUCGGCAUGGUGGACUACACGGAUAUAUCUUGCGAGGAUACACAUGAUUCCGAAGCGCGCAACGCGUGCAAAGUGCAUGACGCGGCUAUAUCUUUCAAUUCAGCACGGACCCCAUUUCAAUGGAAUGCAAAGAAAAACGCAGGUUUUAGUACGGCGAAUUCGACGUGGCUACCGGUGAAUCCAAACUAUAAAAAGGUGAACUUGGAGAAAGAGAUGAUUAGUAAUGAAUCAUAUUAUAAAGUCUACAAAAUCUUAGCUCAUAUGCACCGAAAUGAGUCAGCACUUACUAAAGGUAGCUGUACAACUUUCACGGCGAACAAUGAUACUGUCUUCGGUGUGAUCAGAAAAUAUGAUACUCGUUCCGUGGUACUUUUGAGUAAUCGCAAGGACAUUUCUCAAGAGGUUGAUUUGUCAGAUUAUGAUAUUCCAGUAAGAAUGAAACUCAAGGUUGCUAGCGUGGGUUCUCGUUCUUCUGCAAAAAAGCGGGUUGACAUAAAGAAGAUACAUGUACCUAAGAAAGCCGCCGUAGUGUACACGUCUUAAAAUAUUCACUAAAAAUGCUGCUUUCGCAGUACAUAUGGAGCAGACACUUUCUCGAUUAUGUUUAUAUUUAUAAAUUAUAAUAUUUCCUGCA